AUGACCCUAAGUCUCCAACCCAACACCCCCACACAUAGCAACAACAUCGACCUCACCUGGGCCAAUAGCCCCCUGGUCUGCCUAGGCACGCACACAGAACCAGCACCUGGCUUCCCUGUCUUAGCAGACGAUAUAGCUCUUUCCACGAUAAUCCACUGGCACCCUGCCAAUAUUGCUAAGCCAGUGGCGCCCCUCCGCAUGGCAACCAUGCAAGAGGAUAUGUUCUACUUAGCCACCAAAAAAGGAGCAGAAGCACUAGGCCAACCCCGCCUAUCCAGCCGUGCCUUUCAUCUGCUGCUCUAG